AUGAGCAGCGAACACACACUGGAUGACCAGGAUGGGGUUGACGAAGCCACCAGACCCAAUGCAACCACAGAGAGCACCGUGUCGACGUUCGGUGACUUGCUCGUUAUGCACCAUAACUUCAUCGACGCAAAUGAAUUCAUCACGAGUGUCCCGGCGUGGGCACGCGCCCAAGGGUUCACAGUCUCACGGACGGGAAAGAAUUUCUGCGACAAAACCCACCACCCCGUACACGGCGGACGAGGUUCAAUCAUGUGGUGCUCUACGCUAUACUUCACGCACAAGAAAGAGAUGUACAGUGGCCGGUCGACGUGCCAGUGGCGCAUCAAGUUCAGUUUUGACAAGGCCAAUCUGAAUUAUUCCAUUACGUCCAUAGGUUAG